GACCCCAGAGAGCCCAGCUGGUCGCGUCGAGCUUUCAAAGUCCCCAGACCCGCGACAAGCCGUGACAUCACGAAAACGUGCAAAAAGAGACAGACUUACUUUUCAUCCAUAUUUUUCUCCCCUAGCCUACCGAUCGACGACCCUUUCUUGGUAAAUUCCAUAACCGCGAGAAAUAGCAAAUAUGGGUAUCAAACAACUCUUCUCCAUCAUCAAGGAGGAAGCUCCAGAUGCCAUCAAGGAAGGCGACAUCAAGAGCCAAUUCGGCCGCAAGGUUGCAAUUGAUGCUUCCAUGAGCAUUUACAGCUUCCUCAUCGCCGUGCGGUCCGACGGUCAACAACUCAUGAACGAGAGCGGCGAGACAACAUCACAUUUGAUGGGCAUGUUCUAUCGCACCCUUCGCAUGGUCGACAACGGAAUUAAACCGCUCUAUGUCUUCGACGGUGCCCCACCGAAGCUCAAAUCCGGCGAACUGGCCAAGCGGUUCCAACGAAAGCAGGAGGCGAACGAGGGGCUUGAGGAGGCAAAAGAGACAGGAACAGCCGAGGAUGUGGAGAAGUUCUCGCGCAGGACGGUGCGCGUCACGAGGGAGCACAAUGCUGAGUGCCAACGGCUGCUCAAACUGAUGGGCAUCCCCUAUAUCGUCGCGCCGACCGAGGCCGAGGCGCAGUGUGCGGUGCUCGCGCGCGCCGGCAAGGUCUACGCCGCCGCUAGCGAGGACAUGGACACCCUCUGCUUCAACACCCCAAUCUUGCUGCGCCAUCUCACUUUCAGCGAGCAGCGCAAGGAGCCCAUUCAGGAGAUCCAUGUUGAAAAAGUCCUGGAGGGCCUGAACAUGGAGAGGAAACAGUUUGUCGACCUCUGCAUCCUCCUCGGCUGCGACUACCUGGACCCGAUCCCCAAAGUCGGCCCAUCCACGGCGCUCAAAUUGAUUCGCGAGCACGGCAGCCUCGAGAAGGUAGUCGAGUACAUGAAGAAUGACCCCAAGGGCCGCUACACGGUGCCGGACGACUGGCCGUUCGAGGACGCGCGCGACCUCUUCUUCACGCCCGACGUGCGGCCGGCCGACGAUCCGCUGUGCGACUUCAAGUGGGACAAGCCUGACAUGGAGGGGCUAGUGCAGUUCCUAGUGCAGGAGAAGGGUUUCUCGGAGGACCGCGUACGGUCGGGCGGCGCGCGGCUCGAGAAGAACCUCAAGAGCUCGCAGCAGUCGCGUAUCGAGGGCUUCUUCAAGGUCGUCCCCAAGACGGAGGCCGAACGCGUGGCGCACAAGCGGAAGCUCGAGGAACAGAACGAGGCCAAGAAGAAGAAGAUCAAGGAGGAGAAGAAGGAGAAGGCUAAAGCUAAGGCGAAGCCGCGCGGGACUGCUUGAGGGUGAGGUCACUCGGGUUCGUUCCUUUGGACGACACUUUUUUGGCGGGAGAGGUCCAUGCUCUUCCCAGAAGAUUUUUGUUUUGCAGAUGCAUCUUGCUUCAGUGUCCCUUUUACUUGGUACAGACAUACGGACAUGUGGAGAGUGGGCACGGCGUUAACGGUGUUACGGUCAAGGCGACAAGCUGGCUGAUGAGAGGGAAAAUUGCAGGAAGGGUUCGGAUUGCCGCCCCUGAGAUUUUGCAGCAAAAUGAUGGCUUUACAAUCAACAACCGCCCCUGCAAAGCUUGUGAAGCUCUUCGAGAGUCUUGGUAGUUAACCACUCGGCAUUGCCAGCAUGUCCCCAUCAUUCAGCCGAAGGCACCCCAGUCUUCACGAAGUAUGUACUGUGUAUACUGCACAC